AGAUCAGGCUACUAAUACAGGAGGUGGAGCAGGCAGAGAAAGUCAAGCAGUCAGUCCUAACAGGUCUCUCCAACAUGGGAACUUUUUUAGACCGUCUAUGGAUAUUUUCUGGUUUAUUAUUAGCUUCUUCUGAAGUUCUUGGCUCAAACAUCUGCACGUCUCGAGGGGUGAGCACCUGCAGACAGUGUUUGGCUAUCCACCCUAGCUGUGCUUGGUGCUUUAAGGAAGAGUUUGGCCAAGGGGGCUCCAGUGUGUCCCGUUGUGACCUGAAGCAGAACCUGUUGGAUGGGGGGUGUACGAAGGGGGGGCUAGAGUUCCCCUUCAGUACCCUCAGUGUGCAAGAAAACACGCCCCUCAGUGACAAGGCAUCGGGGGCUGCUGACGACGUCACCCAGAUCAGACCCCAGAAACUCAGCCUCACUCUGAGACCAGAUGAUGCCAGGCGUUUCACAGUGACAGUGAAGCAGGUGGAGGACUACCCAGUUGACCUGUACUAUCUGAUGGACCUCUCCUACUCCAUGAAGGACGACUUGGCCCGCCUGCGCUCCCUGGGCAACCAGCUGGCUGCAGCCAUGGGCCGCACCACCAGCAACCUGCGUAUGGGCUUUGGGGCCUUUGUGGACAAGCCCCUGUCUCCAUAUAUGUACACCUACCCUGAGGAAGCAAUCAGUAACCCUUGCUAUGGGAUCCAGACGCGGUGCCUGCCUCAGUUUGGCUACAAGCACGUGCUGUCUCUGACCAAGCAGGUGGAGCGCUUCACCGAGGAGGUGGCGAAGCAGCAAGUGUCUCGAAACAGAGACUCUCCAGAGGGAGGCUUUGACGCAGUCAUACAGGCAGUGGUGUGCAAGGACAAGAUAGGCUGGCGUGGGGAUGCCUCCCACCUGCUGGUGUUCACUACCGACGCUACGACACACAUAGCCCUGGACGGCCGGCUGGCUGGUCUAGUGCAGCCCAAUGAUGGACAGUGUCACAUCGACAGAGACAACAACUAUGACAAGUCGUCAACCCUGGACUACCCCUCUCUGGCUCUGAUCACAGAGAAGAUGUCUGAGAACAACAUCAACCUCAUUUUCGCUGUGACCAACAAUGUGAUGCCCCUCUACCAGAACUACAGCCAGCUGAUUCCUGGCACCACGGUUGGAACGCUGUCGGAUGACUCCGGGAAUGUGAUCCAACUCAUCCUGGAUGCUUACGAGAGGAUCCGUUCCAAGGUGGAAUUGGAGUUGCUGGGUGUUCCAGAGGAGCUGGCUCUGUCCUUCAAUGCCACCUGCCUCAACGGAGAGCUCAUCCAGGGACUCAAGUCCUGCUCCGGACUUAAGAUCGGAGACACAGUGUCGUUCAAUGUGGAAGCAAGGUUACGCGGCUGCCCUAAGGAGAAGAACCGUACCUUCACCAUUAAACCUGUGGGCUUCAAGGAUGCCCUGGAGGUUACGGUCCACUUCGCCUGCGGGUGUGACUGUGAGGCCACAGCCCAGCCCGAGAGCCCUCUCUGUAACCAGGGAAAUGGGACCUACGAGUGUGGUGUGUGCCAGUGUCACCCGGGGCGCCUGGGAGACCGCUGUGAGUGUGCCGACGGGGACUACAGGCCCUCAGACCAGGGCAACUGCAGCCCCAAACCUGAUGACCCCAUCUGCAGUGGGAGGGGCAACUGUGUGUGUGGCCAAUGCUCCUGCCAUACUAGUGGCUUUGGAAAGGUGUGGGGCAAGUACUGCGAAUGUGACGACUUCAACUGCCUGCGCUUCAAAGGAGAGAUCUGCUCGGGCCAUGGGAAAUGUGACUGUGGCUUCUGCAAGUGUGGCUCUGACUGGAUGGGGGAGAACUGUAACUGCACAACCCGGACAGACACCUGCAUGUCCAGUAUGGGCCUGCUGUGCAGCGGCCGGGGCCAGUGUGUGUGUGGGGCCUGUGAGUGCACCCAGCCCGGGGCCUACGGGGCCACUUGUGAGAGGUGUCCAACCUGCCCUGAUGCCUGCAGCAUCAAGAAGGAAUGUGUUGAAUGUAAGCACUUCAAGAGAGGCCGUCUCUUUGAGGAGAAAAGCUGUGCCCGAAUCUGCAGGGAUGAAAUUCAGAAGGUGGAAGAACUAGUCUUCUAUGAGAAGAAUGCUGUGAACUGCACCUAUAAGGAUGAGAAUGACUGUGUAGAGCGCUUCCAGUACUACGAGGAUGCCAGCGGAAAGUCCAUCCUGUAUGUCACGGAGCCUGACUGUCCUAAAGGGCCUGAUAUCCUGGUGGUUCUCAUGGCGGUGGCGGGGGCCAUCUUGUUUCUGGGUCUGGCUGGCCUGCUCAUCUGGAAGCUGCUGGUCACCAUCCACGACCGCCGAGAGUUCGCCAAGUUUGAGGAGGAGAGGGCUAAGGCCAAGUGGGAUACGGCUAACAACCCCUUGUACAAAGGAGCCACCACCACUUUCACCAAUGUGACCUACCGUGGGAACUCUUGAGGGACUCUUGACCAAUCACAAUCAGCAAAACUCAGGGGUUUAUAAGAGAGAUGCAAUGUAGUGACACAGAGGGGGUUGGUGAGGCGGACCCUCUCCACCAACGUGAUAAAGUGUGCUGACUCUACUGUCAGUGAAAUACGUUUGUUGAUAUUACACUGUAGUGAUGGUAUUCUAUAUAUCAUGUAAAAACCAAAGCAUUAAAACUGCCUUAUCCAACAUUGCGAUAUCCAGCCAGAUUAUGGCAGGGCCUCCAGGACCCCUAUUUCACUCACAAAGUGUGACGUCAUUCCCAGAAUAAGGCCAGGUAUAGUUCAGAGACCCCAAACCGAACUUUAAAGACAAAGACUGUUAUGCUCUGUUGUUGUUUCAUGAAAUUGCACUGCACACACCACAGCACACAACACAGCACACACCACUGUACACACCACAGCACACACCACAGCACACACCACAGCACACACCACAGCACACACCACUGCACACACCACAGCACACACCACAGCACACACCACAGCACACACCACUGCACACACCACAGCACACACCACAGCACACACCACUGCACACACCACUGCACACACCACUGCACACACCACAGCACACACCACUGCACACACCACUGCACACACCACAGCACACACCACAGCACACACCACUGCACACACCACUGUACACACCACAGUACACACCACAGCACACACCACUGCACACACCACUGCACACACCACUGCACACACCACAGCACACACCACAGCACACUUGCCCACAGGCCUCUUUCACAAACAAACUGGUUGUAGUAUGUUAUUAUGGAACCUAAAUGCUUGCUUCUACUGCCAUGGCUUACUUGCGUUAUGACACUAAACUCAGGUAUUCACACUGUAUUACAAAAAGGUCAAAGCCAAUACCUGUAAUAAACAGCCACAUGGGAUAUCAUGAGUGAAUUAUGUUUUAGUUAAUGGUGCUGGUGCCCAAUUUAUGCUGUAUGUUAAAAUAUGUCAAUGUUACAUUUAAUGUGUUUUGGGAAUGAGUGGCUUUUUGGUUAGAUUAUUGGUUUUACUAUGUUGAUUUAAAAAAAGUGAAAUCACUCA